AUGGCUACCACAACAACAGUUAUCCGCACAUUUAGGAUGCCCAGAUCCUUAAAUGAUACCCUGAUUACACCAGCUCUAUCCCUUGUAGCAGACGACGACCGAUCAAUGGAGGAAGCAAAGAAAGUUAACGAUGGUUACUCGAAGGAUCAGAGGUCACCUGUCUCCAGUAAUCCGCCGAAACACGAACAAGGCAUCACUUUCGCAGCACAGGACAAGUUACCAAAGCUACCAAUACCAGAGCUAGAUAGUACCUUGACGAAAUACCUAGCAGCAUUAAAACCUUUACAAUCACCAAGAGAACAUGCAGAAACCAAACAAGCAGUGGAAGAGUUCUCGAAGAACGAUGGACCUGAACUGCACGAGAGAUUGAAGAAGUAUGCAAGUGGAAAGACUAGUUAUAUUGAACAGUUUUGGUAUGAUUCUUAUCUCAAUUACGACAACCCAGUCGUCCUAAACCUCAAUCCCUUCUUCCUACUCGAAGAUGAUCCAACACCUGCAAGAAACAACCAAGUCACUCGCGCAGCCUCACUGGUAGUAUCCGCAUUAUCUUUCGUGCGUGCAGUCAGAAGGGAAGAGUUACCUCCCGAUACAGUAAGGGGUACACCUCUUUGCAUGUAUCAAUACUCUCGAUUAUUCGGCACUGCAAGGGUACCUACCGAGAAUGGAUGUCACAUCGGACAAGAUCCCGAAUCGAAACAUCUCGUCGUGCUUUGCCAUGGACAGUUCUACUGGUUCGAUGUUCUCGACGAUAAUUCGGAUUUGAUCAUGACUGAAAAAGAUAUCUCGAUUAACUUACAAUCAAUUGUUGAUGAUGCACAACAAACCCCAAUACAAGACGCCGCUAAAGGUGCCCUCGGAGUACUCAGUACCGAGAAUCGCAAGACCUGGUCAGGUCUAAGAGAUAUCAUGACUAGAGAAGAAGGAUCAAACAAUGCAGAUUGCCUUGGAAUAGUCGAUUCUGCAUUAUUCAUCCUCUGUCUUGACUACACAGAACCCAGCUCCCAAGCAGAUUUAUGUCAGAACAUGCUCUGCGGAACCAGUCAAGUUGAAAAGGGUGUUCAGAUCGGAACAUGCACCAAUCGUUGGUACGAUAAGCUACAAAUUAUCGUCUGUAAGAAUGGAAGCGCGGGUAUCAAUUUCGAACAUACUGGAGUAGAUGGACAUACUGUUCUUCGAUUUGCUAGCGAUCUGUACACAGAUACAAUCCUCCGCUUCGCCCGCACAAUUAACGGACAGGCACCCAGUCUUUGGGCAUCUACCAGCCCGGAUCCCGCCAAACGCGACCCCGCUAGUUUCGGGGAUGUGAGCACUACUCCACAUAAGCUAGAAUGGGACAUGAUACCUGAACUCAGCAUUGCUGUUCGUUUUGCCGAAACUCGUCUCGCCGAUCUCAUUCAACAAAACGAAUUUGAAACCCUCGAUUUCGCAGCCUAUGGAAAGAACUUCAUAACCUCGAUGGGAUUUUCUCCAGAUGCCUUCGUGCAGAUGGCGUUUCAGGCGGCAUAUUAUGGAUUAUAUGGUAGAUUAGAGUGUACAUAUGAGCCAGCGAUGACGAAAGUAUUUCUUCAUGGGAGGACUGAAGCUAUACGAUCUGUGACUCCUGAAUCACUUGAUUUCGUACAAACGUUUUGGGCCGAAAAUCCUGCGGAACAAAAGGUUGAGGCGCUGAAGAAAGCAUGUCAGAAACACACAGCUAAUACGAAGGACUGCGCAAAAGCGCAAGGAUGCGAUCGCCACUUAUAUGCUUUGUUCAGCUUAUGGCAAAAAGCAGUUGAAGAUGAUGCUGAGGCUGCUAGUAGUACCGGACUGAGCAGUAACGGAUAUUCAAGUCCUGCUGAUACAAGUUCAUCUCGAGAUCCGUCUGUUGUCGGUAGUCUAGGCCGAAAUUCAAUUCUCAGCAAUGGUGAUGACGUCGAGCGUCGCUCAAUUCGCUCAACUCGCCCUCGAGGUAAUUCCUGCCCCGGAUCGCAACAGCAUUCCAUGCCUCUCAUUUUCGCAGACGGUGGUUGGGAUGCCUCAAUACAACUAUCCUCUCAACAUCCAACUGCGGCCUCCUUCCCUUCGCCAAUUUGGUUUCGGUCCUACUUCUGGUGA